AUGACGAUCAACGACGGGAGAAACGGUGCGUACACGAUUCCGAACAACAACUAUCCGAGCAACGGUACCAACGGCGCCACUUACACCGAUGGACCCAACGGGAUCAACGAUAUCAACGGCUAUAAUGGCAGCAGCGUAAACGGCCCCACCAAUGGCCCACCUCAAGCCCAUGAGCCGAUCGCCGUCAUCGGCAUGGGAUGCCGUCUGCCGGGCGAAGUCGACAACCCGCACGCACUGACGCAGCUCCUGAAGCGCGGAGGUGUCGCCCGUAACGAGCCGCCCGAAUCUCGCUUCAGCUUGGACGGCCACCAUGACGGAUCCAAGAAGCCCAAAACGAUGAGGUCUCCGGGCGGCAUGUUCCUAGAGAACAUUGACCCACGUGAGUUCGACGCCGGCUUCUUCCAGGUUCCCCGGCUCGAUGCCAUCGCAAUGGACCCGCAGCAGAGACAGCUCCUCGAGGUCGUAUACGAGUGUCUGGAGAAUUCAGGUGUGACGUUGCAAGAGCUGCAAGGGGCCCAGGUUGGGUGCUUCGUCGGAUCAUACGCCGUCGACUACGCCGACAUGCAGGCCCGCGAUCCCGAAGACCGCGCUCCUUCUGUCACAAUUGGCGUUGGUCGGGCUAUUCUAAGCAAUAGAAUCAGUCAUUUUCUGAACAUCAAGGGUCCCAGUAUGACAAUAGAUACAGCCUGUUCGGGCAGCCUGGUAGCUCUUGAUGUGGCAUGUCGCUAUCUACGUACCCGGGAGAUGGACGGAGCAAUUGUCGCCGGCUGCAACUUGUACCUGAGCCCGGAACACAACAUGGAUGUUGGCCCAAUGAAGGGAGCCUCGAGUUUAUCUGGAAAAUGCCACACCUUUGACGUCAAGGCGGACGGUUACAUCAAGGGUGAGGCAGUCAACGCCGUAAUGGUGAAACGUCUCUCGGACGCCCUCCGUGACGGUGACCCUAUUCGCGCCGUGAUACUCGGCACCGCUACUAAUAGUGACGGCAACACUCCCGGUAUCGCCAGCCCCAGCUCAGAGGCACAAGCGGCGGCCAUCCGUUCGGCUUAUGCUAACGCUGGAAUCACGAAUUUCAACGAAACCACGUAUCUCGAGUGCCAUGGCACCGGCACACAGGCAGGCGAUCCGACCGAGGUCAGUGGUAUCGCCUCAGUGUUUGCGCCGUCGCGUAGUCCCGAUCAGCCCUUGAUAAUCGGCUCCAUCAAGAGCAACAUUGGUCACUCCGAGCCGGCAGCAGGCAUCUCAGGCCUGAUCAAGACCAUCCUGUCUCUCGAGACUGGCACCAUUUUCGGCAACCCUACCUUCGUGACUCCCAACCCCAAGAUCGACUUUAAGGGCCAGAAGGUGUUUGCAACACGCACUAGCAUCCCCUGGCCGACAGGGGCACGCAAGCGGGCGUCUGUAAACUCGUUCGGAUAUGGCGGUUCCAACGCUCACGUCGUCCUCGAGUCUGCAGAUCAAUAUCUACAGAAUAACCAGACCUGCUCCCACGUCUCUUCACACCUCGCUGAGGAGGCGGAUCUCUUCGGUGACGACAAUGAUGCUUCCUCCACGGCAUCAGUCGCAAAGAAGCCCCAGCUGCUUGUCUUCUCGGCCAAUAACGAGUUUUCGCUCCGCGGCUACGUGAAGCUGCUGCGCAAGCACCUUUUGAACCCGAGCGUCAAAGCCGACUUGCGAGACCUGUCUUUCACACUCUCGAGCAAGCGCAGCGCGCACUUCAAUCGGGGAUUCUUGCUAGCGGAUAAGGCGGUGAUAGCCGAAGACUCUCUCGUCCUGGGGAAGAAGAGCCCGGAAGCUCCAAAGAUCGGCUUUGUUUUCACCGGCCAGGGCGCUCAAUGGUCGCAGAUGGGAAAGGCUCUUGUCGAUGCCUUCCCUACCGCCAGAGACUUGCUCAAGCAUUUGGAUACUGUCCUCAAGACCGCUCUUGUCCCUCCAACGUGGUCUUUGCUCGAUGAACUGGUAGAGCCGCGCAGUCCUGGUCUCCUUCGCCAGCCCGAGUUUUCUCAGCCACUCUGCACAGCGCUUCAACUCGCCAUCUUGAGCGUGCUGGAAGUCUGGGGCAUCGCUCCGCACAGCGUGGUCGGUCACUCAUCGGGCGAAAUCGCUGCUGCAUAUGCUGCGGGCUAUCUGUCCAAGGAAGACGCGAUUAAGGUCGCUUACUACCGCGGCCUAGCUGCCAAGCAGCUCGCCAACGUCGUAGAUGGCACCAAGAACGUAGGCAUGCUCGCGGUCGGGCUGGGCGCUGAAGCCGUAAUGCCCUUCUUGGAACCCUACGCUGGCCUAGUGCACAUUGCCUGCUUUAACAGCCCCAGCAGCGUCACCUUGUCUGGCAAGGUGGACAAGCUCGAGGAGGUCAUGGCCUCCCUUGUAGCAGAAUCGCAUUUUGCCCGCCUGCUGCAGGUGAACCUGGCAUACCACUCGCCUUUCAUGCUGGAAGUGAGCAGUCUAUACGAGGCUCUGCUUCGCCAGGACUUUGGCGCGUGCAAGAAGGACAGGAAACAUGACAACGUCCGGAUGUUCUCAUCCGUGUCUGGCAAAGAGAUGCGCCACGCUGCUGAUGCGGCGUACUGGAAGAGCAAUAUGAGCUCUGCGGUACGAUUUGAACAAGCUACCAAGACCAUGCUCGCGGAUGACAACCGUCCGGACUUCCUCAUCGAGAUCGGCCCUAGCGGUGCGCUUUCAGGCCCUGUGGCCCAGGUGAAAAAGGCUGUCCUCGGAGAUGGCGCCGAAGUCCAGUAUAUUGCGGCCUGGUCUCGUGGCCCCGCCGCGCUCAAGUCGCUCUACGAGGUGGCCGGCAAGCUCUUCAUCAGCGGCGGAGAGGUCAACUUAGCCAACGUGAACAAGACUGAGACUUGGAAACCGAGAACCAUUAUCGACCUGCCCAACUACUCAUGGGACCACUCUACGCAGUACUGGUACGAAAGCGACGCUAGCAAGGACUGGCGAUACCGUCUUUUCCCGCACCAUGACCUCUUGGGCAGCAAGAUCCUGGGUACUUCCUGGCAGGCGCCGUCUUUCAAGAAGUCUCUCAAGCUGGCAGACCUGCCUUGGCUUCGGGACCACAAGAUGGGCCCGGAGAUUGUCUUCCCCGCGGCUGGCUUCAUCGCCAUGGCUAUGGAGGCUAUCCGCCAGAACACCGAAGCGCUGCGUACUUUGGAGGCUAAGGUUCUCCCUACAGCAUACCAUUACAAGCUUCGAGACAUCAAUUUCAUCCGCGCCCUUGUGCUGGACGACUCAGACGAAGCUACCAAGGUCAUGCUCGCACUUCACCCGCGCACGGGAGCCAAAGAUUCCUGGUACGAAUUCAAAAUCAGCUCUCAGGUAGGGGACGCCUGGCUCGAGAACUGCCGUGGCCUAGUCAGAAUCCAGGAGAGCACCCCCGAAAAUUUGACUGCAGCCGAGGGCACUGUCAAGCCGUUGGUUGACCCCGUCCCCGGCGCUCUAUGGUACAAGGCCAUGCACGAUACAGGCUACAACUUUGGUCCGGUUUUCCAGAAACAUCUUGAGAUCGAGUCCAUCGCCGGUUCGCGCGAGUCUCGGUCUCUCGUGGAUCUGAGUCCUCCCGCCUCGGAGCACCCGCAGUCGUGGUAUCCGAUGCACCCCGCCGCCAUUGAUGGAUCAUUCCAGUCUUGUGCCCCUUCUCUGUGGGCCGGUGAUAGGCCCGGGAUCAGUGCCGUAUUGGUCCCUGCCAUCAUUGAUGAGCUGACCAUUUUCCCAGUGGAGAGCGUUUCUGGAAAAGGUAUCUCCACCACGAGCUCUGAGUACGUAGGCCUUGGUCUGCCCGAAAGUACCAAGAGUUACAAGUCCAACGCAGUCGUUCUUGACUCUGAGACUGGAGAUUUGCGUUUCAAGCUCACUGGCCUAAGAUAUCACCAACUGGAUACACAGGAGGAUCCAUACUCGUCACACACGUACAGUCGCAUCUCAUGGAAGCCAGAUGUGACGUUCCUUACUGGAGACACCGUGGCGGCCAUCGCCGCAGCAGAAGAUCCCCUCAACGAAUUCAUCGACUUGACUGCUCACAAGUUCCCGAGUCUCAGUGUGCUUGAGUCCAGCAUGAUACCCUCCGAGGCCGGUAGUGUAUGGCUUGAGGGUAGCAAAGCCGACCCUGUGGUGAGGUCUGCUUGUCGCAGCUUCCAGUUCUCUUCUCACGAUGCUUCUGCUGUCGUGAACGCUGAGGAGACGUACGGCAGCAAGUCAGGUGUGGCCUACGCCGUCCUCGACGUUGCAGCUGACCCGGAAAAAUUGCAGACCCCUGACAAAACCUUUGAUCUUGUCAUUAUCAGAGCGGCUGAUGGGUCAUCGGAGUCGCAAGAGAAUGUGGUACGGAACGCACGCACGCUGGUAUCGGACGGCGGCCACGUCGUAAUCCAGUCCAUCGGAGCUGACGUGCCGGAAAUCUCGUCAUCCUCUGGUUUCUGUUCAUCUUUCAGCAUCCCUUCUGGCGAUGGCAACACUGUUCACAUUCUCGUCGCUGCUUCAGAGGCCGUGUCCAAAAAGCAAGGCAUUGAGCUUAUACACUUCUCUGACCCAACAGACGUGACCGCACAAGUUGUCUCAGAUCUAUCAAAGUUCGGAUGGCAGAUCACGGAUACCGAACAUACCCAAGACGACCACAGAACUAUUCUGGUACUAAGUGAUCUCUCCGCCCCUGUCCUGCCGACUAUUACAGAAGCCCAGUGGCAGCUUCUCAAGAACACGUUGGUAUCAGGCAACCAAGUAUUAUGGGUGACCUCGGGCUCUCAGCUGAACGUCACAAGCCCCGACAGGGCCAUGAUCCACGGUCUGGGUCGUACAGUUCGCAACGAGGAUCCUUCCAUCAGUAUCACAACGUUGGAUGUUGAGUCAGCCACGGGUCCGAAGACCGUCUCUGCCAUAAAUGACAUCCUUGAGCACCUCGGCAGGGCUGUUCAUCGGAGACAAACGACGGGUAUUGAAAACGAGUUUGUCGAGCGCCAGGGAGUCAUUCAUAUCAGCAGAGUGCAGCCCAAUGAGGCUGUUAACGUUGUUGAGAAAGCCUUGGCCCACGGCGCUGAACUCGUUGAGGGUGAGCUACAUGAAUUUAACACGACCGUUCGUCUGCAGUGCGAGCGUGUCGGCACAAUUGAUUCUCUCCAGUACACCGAGGUCGCCGCUACAGAGCUGCCUGUCCCCGACGGCAGCGUGGAAGUUGAACUGUUCGCCGCUGGGCUAAACUUCAAGGAUGUCGCCGUCACAAUGGGCAUUGUUCCGGAGAACCAACACCUCCUCGGCCUCGAAGGUGCGGGCGAGAUCCGUAGGGCUGGCAAAAACGCUGCGAACAUAUACAAGCCAGGAGACCGGGUGCUCGUCUUCAAGAAGGGAGCAUUUGGAAACAGGGUCAUCGCCUCUGUUGAGCGAACGCACCACAUCCCCAACUGGAUGUCUUUCGAGGAGGCCUCAACUCUGGCCAGUGUGUAUCUCACUGCGCUUUACAGCAUUUUCGAUCUUGCCAACACACAGGCCGGGCACAAAGUGCUUAUCCAUUCCGCAUCCGGUGGUCUUGGAAUCGCCUCGAUCCAGAUUUGUAAAUUCAUUGGCGCAGAGAUCUACGCGACCGUCGGCACUGAUGAGAAGGUGGACUUCUUGGUAGACAGCUUUGGCAUCCCCAGAGAGAACAUCUUCAACUCAAGAACCACUGCCUUUGCUGCUCAGCUCAAGGCCGCCACAAAAGGACACGGCGUCGAUGUCAUUCUCAACUCUCUCACCGGCGAUAUUUUGGACGAGUCGUGGCGCUGCAUCGCUGAUGGCGGCACCAUGGUCGAGCUUGGGAAGAGGGAUAUGCUUGAUCGCAAUUACCUCUCCAUGGAGCCGUUUGGCCGCAACGCUUCAUACCGCUGCUUUGAUAUGUCCCACGAGCACGUAUCGGACAUCGUCAUUGCCAGGCUCAUGCGCCAGAUGAUGAGCCUCAUUAGCCAGCGCGCCAUCAAGCCCAUUGCUCCCAUGACUACUUUUCCCUUCGAGGAUGUGGCUGGUGCUUUCCGUUACAUGCGUGCGGCUAAGCACGUGGGCAAGAUCGUUCUCUCCGCCAAAGACAAGGCUGACAAGCCGACUGUGAUGGUCCGCCCCGCGAUACGCAGAUUCGAUCUGCCCCAGACUACUUCCAUCCUCAUUGUCGGUGGCUUGAAAGGUCUUUGCGGAUCUCUGGCCGUCUACUUGGCCCAAAAAGGCGCCAAGCAUCUCGUCAUUCUCGCACGUGGCGGUUACGAUGAUGAGCGGUCACAGGCUGUGUUGAAGAACAUCCAUGCCCAAGGUGCCAAGGUCGAUCUGGUCAGGGGCGAUGUUUCAGUUUUGGAAGACGUUCGAAGAGCUUUCAAAUCCUCCAGCGUUCCCGUCAGUGGCGUCAUUCAGGGCGCCAUGGUCCUCAGAGACAAAAUCUUCACCUCCAUGACGACCCAGGAGUACCAUGGCGCCGUGGCCUGCAAAGUCCCCGGAACCUGGAACCUUCAUAACGUCGCUCAGGAGGAGGGCCUCGAUCUCUCCUUCUUCACUAUGCUUUCCUCGGUCUCUGGUGUUGUUGGCCAAAAGGGUCAGGCAAACUACGCAGCCGCUAAUGCCUUCCUCGAUGCCUUUGCUGUAUACCGCCAAGGCCUCGGGCUGUCCGCUGUUUCGGUCGAUUUGGGUGCCAUCGACGACGUUGGCUACAUGCAUGAGCACAAUGACCUUCGCGUGGCUCUGGAUCGGGACGCCUGGACUCCCAUUAAUGAGAACCUGUUCCGCCAAAUUGUCCGCGUUUCAAUCCAGCAGCAGCAAAGAACAUCUUCGACGGGCAACUCCACUCAACUUAUUACCUCCAUCGCCGUGCCGCAGCCGGACUCCUCGAACCUUCUUGUUGACGCUCGCUUCAUCAGCCUAGCUUUCGGCACCGGCGAGGCCACGUCUGGUGGGGAUGGCAAGGACGAUAAAUCGCGCGCGGUGCAGGCGCUAAUGCUGUUACUGCAAUCCAGUGCAGACUCCUCGGUGGUAUUGAAGGCCGCUGUGGACGUCGUUAACACCCAAUUCCAGGCCACCCUCCGCUUGUCGGAACCAAUGGAACCUGCCAAGCCACUCAGUAGUUAUGGUUUGGAUUCUUUGUCUGCCGUAGAGCUGCGAAAUUGGGUCAGGCUGGAUCUCGGAGUUGAAUUGACAACGCUGGAGAUCACGAGCGCCACGUCACUAACAGCGCUGUGUGAGAAGAUUGUUUCCAAGAUGAAGAAGAAGGAAUGA